CUUCAAGGGGGCAGGUUCCAUCAGGUUCUGGACAAAUAUGGUUAGCUGACGUCAGAUGUACAGGAAAAGAAAAAAAUAUAUCAACAUGUUUUCAUUCCGAAUGGGGAAUCAAUAAUUGUGAUCAUUCGAAAGAUGCUGGAGUAGAAUGUAGUAAAACAGGUAUGCUUGUUUCAGUUAGGUUACAAGGACCAAAAAGUGCAAAAGGUAUUGGUCGUGUUGAAGUAUUCCACAAUGGCCAAUGGGGAACGAUCUGUAAUAAUGAAUGGGAUAUGAGAGAUACUAGGGUUGUAUGUCGUCAACUGGGUUAUCAAUAUGCCGUCAGACAUUUUCAUUGGAGGCAGGAUCUUCCUGGUUCUGAGCGUAUAUGGUUGGACGACGUUGCUUGCAAUGGAAGAGAGCGAAAUAUAACAAGUUGCUCUCACAAUGGAUGGGGAAAUCAUAGUUGCGUGCAUUCGCAAGACGUUGGAAUUGAAUGCACUAACACAGCUUCAAAUGUGUCGGUGAGAUUACAAGGGCCUUCAAGUGAAAAUGGUACUGGUCGAGUAGAAGUAUUUUACAAUGGACUAUGGGGAACAAUCUGUGAUGAUGGAUGGGAUUUUAGAGACGCUAAGGUUUUAUGUCGUCAACUUGGUUAUCCAGAUGCCGUCAGAUCUCUUCAAGGGGGGCAGGUUCCAUCAGGUUCUGGACAAAUAUGGUUAGCUGACGUCAGAUGUACAGGAAAAGAAAAAAUAUAUCAACAUGUUUUCAUUCCGAAUGGGGAAUCAAUAAUUGUGAUCAUUCGAAAGAUGCUGGAGUAGAAUGUAGUAAAACAGGUAUGCUUGUUUCAGUUAGGUUACAAGGACCAAAAAGUGCAAAAGGUAUUGGUCGUGUUGAAGUAUUCCACAAUGGCCAAUGGGGAACGAUCUGUAAUAAUGAAUGGGAUAUGAGACAUACUAGGGUUGUAUGUCGUCAACUGGGUUAUCAAUAUGCCGUCAGACAUUUUCAUUGGAGGCAGGAUCUUCCUGGUUCUGAGCGUAUAUGGUUGGACGACGUUGCUUGCAAUGGAAGAGAGCGAAAUAUAACAAGUUGCUCUCACAAUGGAUGGGGAAAUCAUAGUUGCGUGCAUUCGCAAGACGUUGGAAUUGAAUGCACUAACACAGCUUCAAAUGUGUCGGUGAGAUUACAAGGGCCUUCAAGUGAAAAUGGUACUGGUCGAGUAGAAGUAUUUUACAAUGGACUAUGGGGAACAAUCUGUGAUGAUGGAUGGGAUUUUAGAGACGCUAAGGUUUUAUGUCGUCAACUUGGUUAUCCAGAUGCCGUCAGAUCUCUUCAAGGGGGCAGGUUCCAUCAGGUUCUGGACAAAUAUGGUUAGCUGACGUCAGAUGUACAGGAAAAGAAAAAAAUAUAUCAACAUGUUUUCAUUCCGAAUGGGGAAUCAAUAAUUGUGAUCAUUCGAAAGAUGCUGGAGUAGAAUGUAGUAAAACAGGUAACCCUGUUUCAGUUAGGUUACAAGGACCAAAUAGUGCAAAAGGUACUGGUCGUGUUGAAGUAUUCUACAAUGGUCAAUGGGGAACGAUCUGUAAUAAUGAAUGGGAUAUGAGAGAUACUACAGUUGUAUGUCGUCAACUGGGUUAUAAAUAUGCCAUCAGACAUUUUCAUUGGAGGCAGGCUCUUCCUGGUUCUGAGCGUAUAUGGUUGAACGACGUUGCUUGCAAUGGAAGAGAGCGAAAUAUAACAAGUUGCUCUCACAAUGGAUGGGGAAACCAUAGUUGCGUGCAUUUGGAAGACGUUGGAAUUGAAUGCACUAACACAGGUCCUUGUCCUAGCGAUAUAGUCGGCACACUCGAAGCAUUUGGCAUUUUCAAAUGGCCUGAAACACCAGUCGGAAAAAGUGCAACACUUCCUUGUCCUUACAACGACAAGUCCACCGCUAGUCGUGAAUGUUUGUAUUCAAAUCGAACCAAGAGUGGAAGCAUCUGGAGUGGGAUUGUGGCAAGUAGUUGCAAAUUUCAAAACAAACGAAGCAAAGAUCUGUUUCAAUUGUCACAGAAAGAUAUCAAUACCGGAAACGUGGUUACUGCCACCGAACAACUGAAGGAAUUGUCUGUUGUUGAUCCCGAGAAGAUUGGAACUUCUCAAGCUGAAGAAAUUACCAAUAUCGCAAAAACAUUAGAGAAAAUUGUGGCAGUCAAACAGAAAUCUAACGAGAUUUCUGAAGAUUUCCUUACGACAGUAGACAAUGUCCUAAGUAAUAAGGGUGAAGAUAUCAUCCAAAGUGAACGGCAACACAAUUCCUCUUCCAGGAUCGUCCGAGCUUUGAAUGAAUUUGCUCAUAAUUUAGUCCUUCAUCCGAACGGCACGUUUAAAAAAGUCAAAAAGAAUUACGCUCUUAAUCUUCAAGCUAUACAACAACAAAACUUUAGCGGGAUAACGUUUUCUGGGACUGGGAUUAAUUGGAAACGUGAAGUAAAGUCUUUUGGAGAAAACAGCAUUUCAGUCGAAUCCAGCGCCAGUCUUCCAAGUUAUUUAUCAACCUCGCUAAUUAUUCCACGAACGAUAUUCGACGAAAUAGCUGUUACAAACUGUUCAGGAAACUGCACAUUCAUUUUUAUCUUUUAUAAAGAAACAAACUUCUUCACUACGAAUGAAAACACCUUGAGCCGUUUGAAUAGUUUCGUAAUUUCUGUGGAUAUUAAGGACGUAUCAGUUGUAGAUUUAAAGGUACCUGUGAAAAUCGCUUUUCAGAGCAUUUCUCCCGGGGACUUGAACAGUACUUUGUGUUCUUACUGGGAAUUCAGUCUUCAGGAUUGGUCACAAGUUGGUUGUUGGUUUGAAAGAGUCCUUAAAGAUGGCAGAGUACUUUGUAACUGUAACCAUUUUACCAAUUUUGCAAUGCUGAUGGACAUCAGCCCACCUGCAGAGGCCACGACACAUGACAGAAUACUUAGUGUAGUUAGCACUAUUGGUUGCGCGCUUUCAUUGCUUGGUCUCAUCUUGACAAUUAUUACGAUUACAAUAUUGAGAGAACUCCGAACGAAAAUUCCAAGCCAGAUUUUGUUAAACUUCUGCAUCGCGUUGGCAUUAAUGCUGAUUGUUUUCCUGGUUUCUGCCGAGUUGCCAAAAACAUUGCCGGUGUUCGGCUGUCGAGCAGCGGCAGUCGCCUUGCAUUACUUCUUGUUAGCAGCGUUUUUGUGGAUGGCUGUGGAAGGGUUUAAUAUGUAUCUGGCUUUUGUUAAAGUAUUUUCUUAUUCGUCUCAAUUCAAGUUCAUGCUGAAGUGCUGUUUAUUUGCCUGGGGAACUCCUGGUAUAAUAGUAGCAAUUACAAUGGUGGUUGCCAUGGAUGAAUAUGGGGACAAUAAUUAUUGUCGACUGCAAGGCUUGCCAUUCAUUGUGGCAUUUCUCGCUCCAGCUGUUGUGAUCUUCACUGGUAAUAUCGUUGCCUUUUGCUUCAUCAUUCGGUCAUUGCUCACUUCCGGUACGAGAGUUACCUCUGACCGCAAAACAUCGGGUUUUCAGCAAGCUAAACAAGGAAUUGCGAUUAUGGUUCUUCUUGGCUUGACCUGGCUUUUUGGCAUCCUUGCGAUUGACGAUACUAAAGUCGUAUUUCAGUAUUUGUUUGCCAUUUUCAACUCACUUCAAGGCCUGUUUGUGUUUAUCUUCUUUGUUAUUUUACCCACUGGUACAAGACAACAACUUCGAAAGUUUGCUCGGAAAAAGACACAAGUCCAACGUCGCGAUCUUCAACUAAAGCAGAUGAAAGAGGAGCGUUCUCUCAUACCUCAUACACGUAACACUGUUGCAAACGUGUAACCAUUUUCCUGGAAAACGUCAUAAAAAAACGUCAACCUCGUACCUAGGCCUUAUCGUAGGGGGAAGGAAAAGCCCUGGAAUUCACCGAAUUCCCCAAAAAAAUAGGGUCACGUGGGCAGCCUUUCCCAGGCCCUUCUACUUCCUUACUACGAGAAGGUCCUGGGCACGAGGUUGAUAAAACGUAAGAAUAAAUUUUACCUGUUGUAAGUUUAGAUAUCCUGUAUUUAGUAUAGGUAUAAGCUUUUUUUUCUUUGGUGGGACUUAGAUGCGAAAUGGCGCUGCGGUUUAGGCUAUAAUAAUUAUAACACUGUAAAUGAAAAGGGGCUAAAACUAUCAUAAGAAAGCUAUUUCAAAUCGAACGUGAAACGGCUUUUUUAUGACCCUUUUAAUAUACAGUUAAGUAGUUCUACUAUGUUUAACAAAACCUAUAUGUGCGGCGUGUGCGUGCAUAUUU